AUGUCUUGCAUCAGCAGAAGCCGCGCUUUAUUUCAAAUCCGAUCGCUUGCAUCAUCGUCACGCUUGCCCCUCCUGACGCUGCGCCCCUCACCCGUUGCCAUCUACAAAAGCGCAAACAACACCGCGUUCAAGGCAUCGCCCUCCACGCCGCAAUCAGCAUCAGCAAUAAACACACGAGGAUUUAGAUCAACCGCCGCAAAAAUGACUGUCCACGAAGUUACCAGCGCCGAUCAGUUUAAGGACGCCAUCAAGGCCCACAAGGUCGUGCUCGUCGACUUUUUCGCUACAUGGUGUGGACCUUGCAAGGCCAUUGCUCCCAUGAUCGAGAAAUGGUCUGCCGAGUUCCCCAACAUCCACUACAUCAAGGUUGAUGUCGACGAAGUGCCUGCGGUCGCCCAGGAGUACAGCGUGCGGGCCAUGCCCACAUUCUUCCUCUUCAAGGACGGAGAGAAGAUCGAAGAGGUUGUCGGCGCCAACCCGCCCAAGUUGCAGUCCAUCAUCAGCACAAACCACCCGUCAUCGUAG